UGGUUUACGAUUUGAUCCUUCAGAGCGCUUGAUACCCACCCGCCAGCACAAACGUCGCUCGGCAUAUAUUCGCCAUGCGUGCGGAUUUUUAUUCUUUUAUUAGCUGUCUAACUACUACUUCGUUGUACAUAUUAGUACCACUCACAAUAACAUGGGAGGAAGAGGGACGGUCCAGGAUGAGCAAGGGACCGAGCCAGGACGGAGGAAAAGAACGGGAAAGAAGGGUUUGGCAAGGGGACUCGCAGUCUGCGUUCAAGUCAGCUGCUGUACAACAUUACACGACUGUCAAUUUUCCAUAGACGACAAAAUUGCACCAAAGGAUCGACUUUUUAUCGCUAAUAUCCUUGUAUAUACAUAUAUCACCCAUCAAGACCAGCUACAGUCGUCAAUCGACACCACACCAACUAGUUUCACUCCCAUUUCCUCCAUUUCCUCAAGCUCCUUCCCCUUUAGUUAUCUGUGCAACAACCCACGGAAUUCAUCAUGGCCCCUCCUCCCGAGAAUAGAAGCGUUACACGGCAUAUGGAUCAACGAACAAGCCUGGAUCAAAAACCACCCGACCUCCCGAAUGAUAAUUCAAGUACGACGCGGGACCCUAUCGGCAAUAGCCACGUUCUCGGGAUCGUCAAGGCUGGGCAAGGCAGGGCUGCUCCAGAAACGUCGUUGCAAUAUGUGCGGAUCGACGGGAUCGUCGCCGUUCGCCCUUAUCUCCCACGUGCUGGGCUUUUAGUCUAGUCGAUCGUUUUAGCUGGGGUUGAUACAUAUGCACGACACAGCGGCUGACUGAAGAUCUUUGAGAGUAGCCAGGCAGAAUGCUCUUACUCGUAGCUUGAUCAAGUUCAUCGGGAUUUCUUGGGGGGUUAGGCGAUUGGCGCCUGAUAAUGUGAUGAAAUGACAUACGAAA